AUGGCCACGAAGGCGCUUCAAAAAGCGCCGGUGCCUUCGCCGCCAAAGAUGCGGCCAGAGGCGUCCGUGACCUCGGCUGAAGGCCUCAGAACGGGGGCGGCGAGGACGAAUCGGACGAGCUGCGUGAGCCACAUGAGGUCCGACGGCUCCGCCUUCUCCUACCCUUUCCUUUCCGUGGACAGCCUGACGCGACUGGAGGAAGUGGAGGAGGGUCGGCCUGAGGACCGGAGCGAGGAGGAGCUGCAGGCAACAGUGGAGCGCUGGACUGCCUACCUCCACCCUCGUGCCAAGGAGGUCUACGACGAGUCGAGCCUGGAGGAGUGCCUCCUCUGCCUCGCGCGGUCAGUUGACCGAGACCCGCUCCUCACGCGGUCCGGCUGCUCGCUUUGGUGCGGUGCGGUGGUGGGCCGGGAGGCGGUCUGCCCGCUGAGGCUCCCGGGCCAUCCCUCCGAGUCCAUGACCUAUGCCAACCGCAUGGUCGCCUUCCUCUUCGUGACGGACAGCUCCUUCGAAGAGAUGUGCCAGUUGCCGGAUCUGCCUCUCAGAAUGGUCUGCGGCAAUCAGCUGUGUGUGCGCUUGGACCACAUGAGUGAAUCUGAAGUGAACCCAGCGGAGGUCGUGCAGAAGCAUUUAGACAAGCUCCCUUUCAAGGAGGAGAACCAGCCGCUGUCAGACCGCCUGGGCUCGGAGACGGAUGUGGGCGUCAUCAGGCCGCGCGAGGUGGAGCAGCUGGUGGAGCUUUCAGGCGCCGGAGAAGAGGUUUGGGAAACCCUCGUGAAGGACGAACAGAUCCAUAUACAGCGGCAUCGAGAUCGCAGCCUUUUCAACGGCAGUGUCUUUGUAAAGCUCGUCGGGCGCAUCUCCAAUACCACCGCUGCCCACGAGAACCGGCUCAAGACUACCGAGGUAGCGCACUGCUUUGGCAACUUCGCUGACCGAGCUGGCUGGGACAAGCAAAUGGACAGCUUUCGAUUGAUGUACAAUGUGGCCUCCAACGACAUCCUCUACUCCCUCCUGCAUGCGCCACCGCUGACAGAUCGCGACUUCUUGAUCUACCAUGCCACUAUGCGUCAUGAAAGUGGUCGCGGCAUCAUGCUUUACACCCGCUCUGCCAGCAACAGCCUUUGUCCGCCGACGCGGGCAGUGAGAGCAACACAGUACGUGGCUUCCUAUUGCAUCAUGCAGGACCCGGACGGAAAGGGCGUGACCUUCACCACCACUUCGGCCGUCGAUCCCCACAUUCCCUUCCUGCCGAAGUGGGUUCUGACUCUGUUGAUGCCCUCUGAGUUCCGUCGCUGGCGGAAUGCUGUCGACAAGCGCUGCCGUGAGUUGCACAGGGAUGCCGUGCCCAUCCCCGUGGCGGCGCUGCUGCAGCCGGAAGACGAGCUCCGGGCGCCGGCCUUUGACAAGGCCAGAGCGACCGAGGCUACGACAGAGGAGGCCACGCCGACAGGCAAGAGCUCCACCGAGGCCGGAAGCACACAGGAAGGCCACAGCCGCAGCGAUGUCAGCGACGUAAAGACUGCCAGCGGCGACGGUGCUGAAAGCUCUCCAGGCACCCGACCUGACUCUUCACCUCGAAUCGAGGACACCGUGGCCGCUGCUCCCGCGACGUCGCCAGGCCUUUGCUGGUGUUGCUGA